GAUAACACAGUGACGCAAUCAUCUGAAACUAAAAGUGGAAUUUAACUUGGCAACUUGAGUAAAUAGGUGGCGUUCUACAUAGCUAGGUAGAUAACUCUACCCACGACACAGAGGAUUUGUUUGAUGAAAGCAAGGAGGCAAGGGGGUCGGCUACUUACGUCACCUCACUCUACAUCCUGAGAAAAUGGCUAGCGCUGCCCCUCCACCAGCGACUGCCACUGAGAACCCCAGCCCCGGCUCCAGCAGCUCGACAGCGGGGGAGGGUGGUAACCAGGACAGCACAUUCGAAUGCAACAUCUGCCUGGACACCUCCAAGGAUGCAGUGAUCAGUCUGUGUGGGCAUCUCUUUUGUUGGCCCUGCUUACAUCAGGGAUGUCUGAAUUGCCCCCUCCCCAUGUCUAUGCAGUGGUUGGAGACCAGACCUAACAGACAAGUGUGUCCAGUGUGCAAAGCAGGCAUCAGUCGAGAGAAAGUCAUCCCACUAUAUGGCAGGGGAAGCACGGGCCAACAGGACCCAAGGGAGCGAACGCCUCCUCGACCACAAGGACAGAGGCCAGAGCCUGAAAAUCGUGGUGGAUUUCAGGGUUUUGGUUUUGGAGAUGGAGGAUUCCAGAUGUCUUUUGGCAUUGGUGCCUUUCCAUUUGGCAUUUUUGCUACAGCUUUUAACAUCAAUGAUGGAAGACCACCCCCAGCUGCCCCUGGAACCCCUCAGCACAUGGAUGAACAGUUCCUGUCUCGACUCUUUCUAUUUGUUGCUCUGGUGAUCAUGUUUUGGCUGCUAAUCGCAUAAAUGUCUGAGCAGCCAAGACCAAGGCUCAAGUUGGACAGUUGUUUCCAGAUACUUGUUUGAUUUGUCCUUUUCCGCAUUUAAGUAUUGUCCUCUAGGCUUGACAAGCUAUUGAUUUAAUUUCAGUAAUCAAUAUCACUACUGUUUGAUUACACCUGUACUAUGAAUCCUACAGAAGUCUGAAAUAGUUUUUUUGUUCGAACAAUGCCCCUGCCUCUCAUUUCCAUCAAGGUUAUUAUGUUUUUAUUAGACAUUUUAAGUGUACCAGGUUGGCAAUAUAGAACCAGAUACUAAAAGAAAGAUGGUAAAUGUAAGCUACCAGAUGUUUCCUCUGUGCUUGUAUGGAUAUAGAUUACAAGUGAUAUGUCCUGUUUCUAAACUAAAUAUGAUAUAUAAAUUCAGGAAGAGGCGUAUCAUUGGUGAUACUUUUAAAUUAUUGACACAACAAUUGCCUUUUGGGUACCACUACCAGUAUGAAGCCAUAUAAACAAUACAGUGGUGCAUUUUUAUGUGUGGUGUUAGCAGGGGAAUAGUCGUGAAGAGCCGUAUUGGUAUGGGUUUAAGCUAUUUAAUGACAUACUAUACCAGUAUGUCCUCAGUUGCCCAUGGAGUGAUUUUGGUAAGACUAUUUCUUAUGUUUCAGAAAAUAAGUGAAUAAAUUAAGGUUCCAAUAUUUGAAGGAUGAAAGUUGAGACAAUUUAAAGGAGUUAUUUUUUUAUUGAAUGAUACUGUCAUUGUCUGCCACUUGUAAGACUAUUUUAUUUAGUCUGAUGGAAAAUGUAGAAUUCUAAUGCAAACGCUUCUAUAGCAUACAUAGUAAAGAGCUUGGGAAAAAAUAUGCAAACGGUAUAAAAUGGAUAUAGUUUUCUUUAACCUGACACAACUAACAAGAUGACGGUCAUGAUAAUAAUAUGCAUGAGUAACUGAUGCAGUUAUUUGAGUAAUCCCUCUAAUUUCUCUAAUUUCUAUUUCAUUUUUUGUCUUGUUUACAACUUUUACUCACUCAUUUAUUCUAAAAUAUAUUGUAAAAUAUAUAGAGUGGAUUAUUUUAAUAACAAUGGAUGGUUAGAAUAGCAUUAGCAUCUGUAAUAAAGACUGUUUGCCCUAUAUCCUACUGAGAUCUUUACCUAAACAUUAAUUCCACCUUUUAUAUGGGUUGUCAGUGUGUUUCUCAUCAGGCUUUGACCACUCAAUUCCAGACAAAUAAACAUUCAAAAUUAGAAACA